CUCAACAAACAAGCACGGAAAUCGGUGUCCUUCAUGAAAAUGUCCUCGUAAACACUUAAAUCCCGCAUUAAAGGGCGUAAACAGCACAACAGACUUAAUUGCUCCGGCAGCUUCAUAAACAACAGUUGUUCGCAUGAUAUUAAACACUCCAUUCCCCAAAGACUUGUCCUAGAUCGCAGUCCAGUCCGCGUACUCAGAGCGCGCGCUAUCCGUGCACGGAGCGAUCCGAAUUUACAGCCGUGAUUUAUCGAUGUUUGUUUGUUUGCUUUUUUUGUUUGUUUGCUUGCUUUUUUGUUUAUUUUGCGCAAAGAAACUUUGAAAGGGACAAACCAGAGGUGAGUCGGAGCGGUGCGUAAAGGGAGCGCAAAGGAGCAGGCGGGAGUAGAAGGCGUUUCCCCCCCACCCCGUGCGCCGACCAGCUCACUUCCUCAGUCGGCGGCUCGACGGCGAUCGCACAGGUUCUUCACGCGUUCCGCGCCCGGAGACGUGAACACAAGAGAGCUUUGGGAACUCCGAGUCCCUGCCAUAUACCGAGUCUCUCAUCACCAGGCGCCUCUUGGACAACACGCGGGGAAGUGUCGGGUUCCGCGUCACUGACCUGUCAUUGUUUAUAUUUGUAUUUAUUUUUUGUUUUUAUUUUUUAGACAACGAUCUCAACUUUAUUAUGUUGGAGCUUUUCUGAUUUGGAUGAUUUACCUAGAGGACCCAGUGGGAAAAGGUUUUUCUCUCUCUUUUUUUUUGUUUUUUUGUUUUGCGCCAUGUCGAAUGGAGCGGGAUUUCAGCUCGCGUCGGAUUGCGUCUGAUCAACGAAUGGAUGAGCGCUUUUAGCGCCAGGGAAGGAAAACAAGAUAAUCAGACGCCGUUUAUCUGGACGGGAUGAGUUUCCAGAGAGGGCUUCACAUGCCCUCAGGCUACUGUAGGUUUUGCUAGCGCGCACUGGGAAUGUCGGAAGUCGCUGAACUCUAAGGGUCGCUUCUUUUUUGGACGCAAAGCUGCAGAGAAGAGAAAGUUUCACGCGUAACUGUGAAGUAACCAUUAGGACAGGAGGCUCAGAAUGAAAAGAUGGCAACCUUGCUGUUUUCACCGGGUUCCGACAGCUUGCACCGGUUCACUCGUGAAUCCCUGGCUGGCAUCGAGCAGCGGAUCGCCGAAGAAGAGGCGCAGAAGGCCAGGGAGUACCAGGAGGACUUGGGUGACGUGGAGACUCCCAAGCCCCGGGCAGACCUGGAGGCAGGGAAACAGCUCCCCCGCAUUUUUGGAGACAUUCCAUCAGGACUGGUGGGGGUGCCACUGGAGGACAUCGACCCAUAUUACUCCCAGAACAAGAGAACUUUUAUAGUACUAAACAAAGGGAAGGCCAUCUUUCGAUUUAGUGCCACAUCUGCACUCUAUAUUUUUAGCCCUUUUCAUCCUGUCAGAAGAGUGUCGAUAAGGAUUUUAGUACAUUCAUUAUUCAGUCUGUUUAUUAUGUGCACUAUUUUGACAAACUGUUGCUUCAUGGCCAUGUCAGAACCAGUGCAGUGGGCCAAGUAUGUCGAGUACACUUUCACGGGCAUCUACACGUUUGAGUCGCUAAUAAAAAUUUUAGCGAGAGGAUUCUGCAUCGGACCAUUCACCUUCCUGCGGGAUCCAUGGAACUGGCUGGAUUUCAGCGUCAUUGUCAUGGCAUAUGUUACUGAGUUUGUGGACCUGGGCAAUGUCUCAGCAUUACGGACGUUCAGAGUCCUACGAGCACUGAAAACUAUCUCGGUCAUACCAGGCUUAAAGACCAUUGUGGGUGCCCUGAUUCAGUCAGUAAAGAAGUUAGCAGAUGUCAUGAUCCUGACCGUGUUCUGUCUGAGUGUGUUCGCUCUCAUCGGCCUUCAGCUCUUCAUGGGUAACUUGCGUCAGAAAUGCGUCCGCAGUACAGCCAGCUGCUUGAACACCACUGACAUCACUUUGUACAAAAACGUGUCCUUCUUCUGCAAUAACAAAACCUGGUCAUCAAUGGACGAGUUUACCAUGGAUGAAGGCAACUAUUACAAAGAGGAUGGAUCCAGGGAUGCCUUAAUAUGUGGAUCUGCGAGUGAUGCUGGGAAAUGUCCAGAUGGUUUUGAAUGUAUGAAGACAGGACGUAAUCCGAACUACGGCUACACUAGCUUUGAUACCUUCGGGUGGGCAUUUCUCUCACUCUUCAGGCUCAUGACACAGGACUACUGGGAAAACCUAUACCACCAGACGCUACGGUCUGCAGGAAAGACCUACAUGGUGUUCUUUGUGGUGGUGAUCUUCCUGGGCUCCUUCUACCUGGUGAACCUGAUCCUAGCAGUCGUAGCUAUGGCCUAUGAAGAGCAGAACCAAGCUACACUCGCCGAGGCCAUACAGAAAGAGAAAGAGUUUCAGCUCGCCAUGGAACAGCUAAAAAAAGAACAGCAAGCAGCUCACAAAUCUCAGGAGACUGAGUCGGUGUUGGCUCCUGACCUGUCUCCCUUGGCUCCCCAAGAAGACAAAGAGCACAAGAACAGGAAGAAAAGCCUGAGGGCACUUUCAGAAGAUAUGGAGAACAAUAGUGAUGAAAAGUCACCAAAGCAAGAUACUUUAGAGGGAACAAAGCAACCACAUGCUUUGGUGGUGCGAACUUUGUCGUCGUGGACCAAACGGGAAAGUCAGGCCAGUAUUUUUAACUUCCGGCUGCGGAACAAGGAAUCCGAAGCAGACGCUGAUGACGAAUUUAGCAAUCAAGGCGAUCCGGAUAGUCGUCCUGGCUCUCUUGUCUUGCCCUGGCAGAGGAGACGGAUUAGUGCACAGAGCACGAGCAGUCACGGCUCUCAGGUCUUCUACCCCAGCCUCAAUAUCAACGGAAAGCUGUUUGUUGCGAUAGAUCAGAACGGCAUCUCGAGUCCAGGACCGCUGACCCCUCUGCCAUUACCCACCUGCACCAUGAAAAAGGGCAAAGAAGAAUGUGGAUCAAAUGAGUUGAGCGGUACGCUCCUCCCGCAGCUCUCCCUGGAGGGCCGAGACAGGGCGCUAAGUGCUGCUAGCUACCUCACUGACGCCAUGGAGGAGUUGGAAGAAGCCCAUCAGAAAUGCCAUCCCUGUUGGUACACCUUUGCCCACAAGUACCUGGUGUGGACAUGCUGCCCUGGCUGGCUCAAACUGAAAGACUGGGUCAAGAUCAUGGUUAUGGAUCCCUUUUUGGACCUGACAAUCACCAUCUGCAUUGUGCUAAAUACACUUUUCAUGGCUUUGGAGCAUUACCCCAUGACAGACGAAUUCAACAAGAUGCUUACAGUGGGCAACCUGGUCUUCACAGGAAUCUUCACAGCUGAGAUGGUCCUAAAGAUCAUUGCACAGGACCCAUAUUUCUACUUCCAACAGGGCUGGAACAUCUUUGACAGCUUCAUCGUUUGUCUCAGCUUGAUGGAGCUCGGGCUUUCUAAUGUAGAAGGCCUGUCUGUCCUGCGCUCCUUCAGACUGCUGCGAGUCUUCAAGCUGGCUAAGUCGUGGCCCACCCUGAACACCCUGAUAAAGAUCAUAGGCAACUCUGUGGGUGCCUUAGGAAACCUCACCCUGGUUCUGGCUAUCAUUGUUUUCAUUUUUGCCGUGGUGGGCAUGCAGCUGUUUGGGAAGAACUACGAGCUGUGUGUUUGCAAGCUCUCAAAGGAUUGUAAAUUGCCCCGAUGGCACAUGAAAGACUUCUUCCACUCCUUUCUAAUUGUGUUCCGGGUCUUGUGCGGUGAAUGGAUCGAGACCAUGUGGGAUUGUAUGGAGGUUGCUGGACAGCCUCUUUGCCUCCUGGUCUUCAUGCUGGUCAUGGUGAUUGGGAAUCUGGUGGUUCUGAAUCUCUUCCUGGCUCUGCUGCUCAGCUCUUUCAGUGCGGACAACCUGUCAGCGCCGGACGAUGACGGUGAGCUGAACAACCUGCAGAUUGCAAUAGGUCGCAUCCAAAGAGGGAUCCUGUGGCUGCGCCGGGCCCUGUGUGAUUUCUUCAAUGGCAACUUCAAGCGAAGACGGCAGAAGGCCAAAGAGGCAAAGGCCAUGUUGAAGCUGAAGAGGCUCAGCCAGCAGUCCCAGAGGGCUGAGGGCAACGGCACAGCGGGGGUCAUAGGCCGCACUGGAGAUAAGUGCGUCUCUCCGGAUGACAGCUACAUGACCAACCCUAACCUGACCAUUAGUGUGCCUAUUGCACCCGGAGAGUCGGAUGUAGAGUUUCCUGAAGAGGAGGAUGACGAGGAUGAAGCUAGCGAGAGCUCUGAUGAAGAGGAGGAAGCAGAAACCAAGCCGAGUGACGACAUCAGCCUAUCCGAGGGCAGCACAAUUGACCUCCGAAAGCCUGGAGAGGAGGAAGAUGAAUACUCUGAGAUGGCAGAGGAGGACAUGGAUCCUGAAAAUUGUUUUCCUGAUGUGUGCAUUCGUCAUUUCCAGUGCUGUGAUAUCGACACUACUGCAGGUCUGGGCAAGGUGUGGUGGCGGCUCAGGAAGACCAGCUAUCAUAUAGUGGAGCACAGCUGGUUCGAAUCAUUCAUCAUCUUUAUGAUCCUGCUGAGCAGUGGCGCUCUGGCAUUUGAAGACAUUUACAUUGAACAAAGAAAAGUGGCCAAGAUUGUGCUCGAGUUUGCAGACAAGGUUUUCACCUACAUCUUCAUCCUAGAAAUGACCCUUAAAUGGCUGGCAUAUGGCUUUAAGAAGUACUUUACCAACUACUGGUGCUGGCUUGACUUUCUAAUCGUCGAUGUGUCUUUAGUAAGCCUCGUAGCCAACACACUAGGCUACUCUGACUUGGCUGCCAUCAAAUCACUUAGGACCCUCAGGGCUCUCAGGCCACUAAGAGCUCUUUCCAGAUUUGAAGGCAUGAGGGUGGUGGUGAACGCUCUGAUUGGGGCCAUCCCCUCCAUCAUGAACGUCCUGCUGGUGUGUCUCAUCUUCUGGCUCAUCUUCAGCAUCAUGGGCGUGAACCUGUUCGCUGGCAAAUUCGGCCGCUGCAUCAACCGCUCAGGCGUCAUCUACAACUCCUCACACAUUAACAACAAGACCGAGUGUCAGGCUAUGAACGACUCGCAGUACUACUGGACAAAAGUAAAAGUCAAUUUUGAUAACGUGGGUGCUGGCUACCUUGCACUACUUCAAGUGGCAACGUUUAAAGGCUGGAUGGACAUCAUGUACGCAGCAGUGGAUUCGCGAGCCGUGGAGGAACAGCCAAUUAAGGAGCACAACCUGUAUAUGUACCUGUAUUUUGUGAUUUUCAUCAUUUUUGGAUCAUUCUUUACCCUGAAUCUGUUCAUCGGUGUGAUCAUUGACAACUUCAACCAACAGAAACGAAAGUUAGGUGGCCAGGACAUCUUUAUGACUGAAGAGCAGAAAAAAUAUUAUAAUGCCAUGAAAAAGCUUGGAUCAAAAAAACCUCAGAAGCCUAUUCCUAGGCCUACGAACUCUAUCCAAGGAUUCUUCUUUGACUUGGUAUCAAAACAAGCCUUCGACAUCAUUAUAAUGCUGCUCAUCCUCCUGAACAUGUUGACCAUGAUGGUGGAGACAGAUGAGCAGUCAUCGUAUAUGGAGUCCAUCCUGUAUAAUAUCAAUCUAGCCUUCAUCAUCAUCUUCACCACCGAGUGCAUCAUUAAGAUCAUCGCCCUCCGCUGCUAUUUCUUCACCGUCAGCUGGAACAUCUUUGACUUUGUGGUAGUCAUUCUCUCCAUUGUGGGCAUUGUUCUCGCAGAUAUAAUUGAGAAAUACUUUGUUUCACCAACGCUUUUCCGAGUGAUCCGUCUGGCCCGGAUAGGACGCAUCCUUCGCCUUAUUCGGGGAGCUAAAGGGAUCAGAACGUUACUAUUUGCCUUAAUGAUGUCCUUACCUGCAUUGUUCAAUAUAGGUCUACUGCUGUUCUUAGUCAUGUUCAUCUAUGCCAUUUUUGGAAUGGCAAACUUUGCCUAUGUGAAGAAACAAGGUGGAAUCGAUGACAUGUUCAACUUUGAGACAUUUGGCAACAGCAUGAUUUGCCUAUUCCAGAUAACGACAUCAGCUGGCUGGGACAGUCUGCUCAAUCCUAUUUUGAACAACUCCCCUGAAGAGUGUGACCCCAAUGUGCCAAACAUAGGCACCACUGUCCGGGGCAACUGUGGGAACCCUUCAGUAGGCAUUACCUUCUUUGUUACAUACAUUAUCAUUUCUUUUCUCAUUGUGGUGAACAUGUACAUUGCCAUUAUCCUCGAGAACUUCAGCGUGGCCACAGAGGAAAGCACUGAGCCACUGAGUGAGGACGACUUUGAGAUGUUCUACGAGGUUUGGGAGAAGUUUGAUCCCGAGGCCACGCAGUUCAUCGAGUACGCUAAGCUUUCGGAUUUUGCCGAUUCCCUGUCGGAGCCGCUGCGUAUUGCUAAGCCUAAUAAAAUUAAGCUGAUUUCCAUGGACUUGCCCAUGGUGAGCGGUGACAAGAUUCACUGCCUGGACAUCUUGUUCGCCUUUACCAAGCGCGUGCUGGGCGAAUCGGACGAAAUGGACGCACUCAAGCAACAAAUGGAAGAGAAGUUUAUGAUGGCGAAUCCAUCCAAAAUCUCCUACGAGCCCAUCACAACAACUUUACGACGUAAGCAGGAGGAGGUAUCGUCCAUUGUAAUACAGAGGGCCUACAGAAGGCAUUUACUCCGAAGACAGUUGAGGCAAGCCUCGUUCAUAUAUCGACAGAUCAAUGUAGAGGGAGCUGCCAGCAGUGAGGAUGACAGCCCACCAGAAAAGGAAGGACUCAUAGCCUUCAUGUUGAAGGAGAAUUAUGGACCUGAGACAGAGGGUUUGUCCUCGACCUCCUCACCGCCAUCUUAUGACAGUGUGACAAGAGUCACUAGUGAGCUUUUCCAAGCUCUAAUACCUGAGCCCAGGAACAGUGACCUGAGCAAACCUGACCCUGACAAAGACCGUGAAACGUUUCUAUAACAUUAAGUAUAAAGUGCUCUCUCACACAAAUAAUCUUCUUGUUACUUUGUGGGUUUUUUUUGUUUACAGAAUGUAACAUAGCUCAAACAGCACUCAAAACACUUGAUACAUGUGACUGUGCAUCAAGAUUUCAAGGUUUUUGUAGGACAAGUUGAUGUUUUUAAUUCCCUUGUGUUUCACAUUUUUGUUUGAAUAUACAGGGGCGAAGUGUAGACAGCUCACAUUAACGUUGCUUCAGUUUAUAUGCAUGAGUGAGAUUCUGCAGCAGUUAACUGCAGUUAUAUCACAGAUGUACUAAUCAUAUAUUAGAUUGAAAGAAAUACAGUUUAUCAACAUUUACAAAGUAUGCCUGACCAUCUGAGUUUAUUAAAAGGUCUUACUUAAACUGGUGUGAUUUCCUUCUGACAAUAGAUUUCACACUACGUAGAAAACGCAAGACGUUAGACAUAUAGUCUUGCUCAAUUUACCAAUUGCUCAUAUUAUAUGUAAUUUAAAAAAAAAUUAUAACUAAGGAUAAAAUUCUUCUGUCCAGUCCAGGUUGUGUCACUAGCGAUGAAAGAAAGAGCAAGAUGAUUAAGUGAAGAUAUUUGCCAGUACUUUCUUUUUUGCUCUUUUUUUUCCCCCUCCACCUUUUGUUUUUGGCAUAUAAUUAUAUGUCCAUCUCACAAAUAGCCUGGUCUGGUUACAGGAUGCUAUAAUCAGGACUAGUAAAAGACAAUCAAACAUGACUCAGCAACGGUCUCUCGCGUACAACAUCCAUCUACAUCCACCGCUACCAAAAGGCUGCACAGGCUUUUACUGCACAUGGAAAUGUUUUUGUGUAUUUAUUUUAUUUAUAUUUCAUUUUGCAUGUUGGGAAAAAAAACACAUAACACCUCGAGAUGUAAUGGUCAUUUUCUUUUUUUUGUAAGGCUGAAAAGGAAUUCUUAUUUUGCACAUACUGAGUUCAGCAAUAAUUUGCUACCUUUCGAUAAAAAAAUGGAGAAAAAUAUUGAUUUUAAAUGUAUAUUUGAAUAAAAACAAACAAAAAAAGAAAUACAUAAUAAUAAUAAUAAUAAUGUCAUUUAUACUAUGUCAACCUUAUGUGUAAGAGGGGAAUCUCUUGCUGGCUCCAUGGUAUAUUCAUAUCUCCGAUUCACACUAAGAGAUUAAUCCACUUGUUUUUUAAGUCAGGUUAGCACGUUUUUCUUGAAGGGCUGUUUUUGUAGCAAUAGACCCCAAGUGUGCCUGGUAGAACUUAACCCCUAUUUCAAUCCUCUUCUCCAGUGCAAAAAGGCUCACCUUUAAAAGGCACGGUGAAGCUGUUUUAAUUCCAGAGCAUUACAUCAAUAACCAUUCAUGUUUGAUGUGAUCCUGCCAUCUCCCUGAACUUAUUAAGUCUUCUAUCCAUUCGAGUCCAUUUGAGCACAAGCCAUCACGUUUUUAUCUAUUUAGAUGUAGAAUACAGUCAUUCCUUAUUAAAAACAAACGGCACAGAUUCCCACUGUUAUACAUAGAUUUAUCCAUACAUAUAUUUAGAUGUUUGCGCUCGCAACAGGAUCAUUAUUAGAAUAAACAGAGAUACAACUCUGCAUGUAAAAGAGUUUUUUGAAAAUUAGUUUCAAAAAAAAAAAAAAAUUCAAUAAAAAAAAUACAGACAAGAAUAUAAUUCAAAGGAAAUACAAAGGGCUUUCUCCAAAAACAAAAAAAAAUUUGAAAUACAAAACAUCUGGAACAUUGCGACUUGUCUUAAAAAAGAACAACUGCUCCACCAAUAUGACUGUGCAGCAUAUCUGCUUAUAAAAAUUCAUAUUUUGUGAGCCUCGAAAACAAACUUAUCAGAAACAUGGGUUUCUGGAUAAAGCCCUGUUUCUCGAAGCCACCGAAAAAGACGCACAUGGGGAUUGCUAGCAUUGUAUCUUGUAACUUUUUAAAUAAUACUAUUAUAUUUACUAUUGGCACCCACUACAGUGAAUAAAUGUUACACCACAAACCUUUUCUUUUUUUAAACUUCCUGGAAUGAAUAUGUAUAAAACCCUUUUAGAUGAAAUCAUGUGUAGGGUGAGGUUCAUGUACUGUAGGUGCUGAUGUCCUGUUUUCAGAUCUCUAUAAUGUUUUACAUUGUGACAUGAUAAUCAUGUUUCUUCACUUUAAACCAUUACACAGAUACAAAAGAUUCUCAGAAUUCAUGUGGAAAACUCCUUUUGGUUAUUUCUUGCACAGGAGAGGAGCCAUAUAUUACCCAGAAGUAAAACUAUGUGCAUAAGCUUGUAUGAUGUGUCAAAGAAACCUACAAGAUAGUACGGGCAUUGGUUGGUGUGUGGAAAUACACAUAACUUCAGCAGUGUGCUACUUCUUGCUGGAUUUAAUAACUGCAGGUGGGUUCUGUGUGAUGGAGGCUGACCAGAUCGCUUUGACGGUUAGAUGAAGGGGAUCUCAGGCCUCCUUCUGCUGAGCACUUAGCAUCACUCUCAAGCUGUUCACAUUUGGUUUUUACAAAACCAAAGAGUCUAGUCCAGUUACUUCAGCAAGAGGAUGAGAGAUGAACCGACUAUGCUUGGAGGAGCAACGCUUAUUUUUGUAAUAUUUAGACACAGUAAAACAAAGAGAGGAAAAUGUACAAUGCAUCAGUACUUCGGAUAAAUGCAAACAUUUCAUGUUUUUCUAUUUUGGACUUCAGGUGUUGGAACGUUUCUCAGAUUUCUGUUUAUAACCCUCAUACUAAUUCAUCAAACAUUAACAGUAUGCACAGCAGGUUACAAUAGAGUGUUCACUGAAAUGCAACAGCUAUAUUGUGGAUUUAUUAAGUGGGAUGGCAUUAAUGACUUUUUGGGGGUUUUUCGGAUGUUGCUCACAAUUCCCCAACACCCCGCCUUUAAAAAAGAAAUCUGUCAGCACAUGUACAAGGAAUGUAAUAAAUGCCUCUUUCUACUUUUCCAUGAUAAUUCUUUAGUACCUGAGUUGAUUGGAGAUUCACAUAAGGUGUAUUUAGUCAAAUGAAGCACAGGGAAACUUUUCUAUCUGCUGUACAUUUUAAAAUGCCAGUUUGUGCAAUACAAGAGCAGAUACAGGAAUUCAAAGGCAUAUUUUGUCUAUGCUUUGCAUAUAUGAUGUAUAAAUAUUAGUUAUCUGAAAGCAGUGUAUUUUAUAAAUGGUAGAAUUUGCUAAACCUAGUAGUUUUUAUUUAUCGUUUUUUUUUUUUCUUCCUAAGAAAAUUCAGUGAUCAAAUUCUGAUGCUGCUUAAGGGAGCUAGAACGGUGUGCGAUGAAAUACUGAUGUAGUAUCAGGCUUCGGGGCUACAAAAUUCUAGCUAUAAGCUAAGAGCAAGAUGACCAAAACAGAGCCAGAGUCAGCAUCUGGAGUCCUACAGGUAUAUAUUUGGAGGUUCUCUGAGGUCAAAAAUAUAACACGGCCUCAGUCAUUUGCCCCUCUGACAAUGUUUAUUUAUGUAUGUACUUAUUUAUUUCGUUGUUUUUUUUUUUUUUUUUACACUAUUAGAAUGUGCAUGCUGCAAUAUGACAACUUGUUUUUCAAAAAACGGUUUCACAUUUGUAAAUUUUAUUUGUGUGAUGCCCCAUCCCCCCCAACUGUUUGUUUAAAAUGAAAGGAAAUGCAAAGAAGACUGUCGACUGUAGUCCUCAUAAUCAGGACAUUUAGAGAGACUCAUGGUUUUCUGAAAAGCUUUGUGGCCAAUUAGAAUAUGUAUAUCUAUAGUCAAAUAAACAACAGGAUUUAU